AUGGCAGCAUCUUACGAGAAAGAAUACAGGGAACUCAAAGAGAAAUAUGAUAAACUGACUUUAGAGGAUAAGAAGAACAUAUCUUGGGCUAUACGUCUAUCAUAUUAUAAUGAAAGAAAGGAGGAAGAGAAGAAGGUUUUACAAGAAAAACUGGACAAAUUCAUGAAUAAUGUUUCUAAUUCACUGGAAAGUUUAAUACUGAACAAACAGAUUGAGGAAUUAACUGAUAAAUUACACGAAGCUGAGAAGAGGGAAUUGAGUGAUGAAAAAGUUUGUGAAUUGGAGAAAAGUCUGUAUGAGUAUAAAGAGAAAUAUGUGAAUAUGUUUCGUGAAAAUUUUCUUAACGAGGAUCUUGUUAAAGAUUUAAGAAGAGAGAAUAAAGAAAUCAGAGAACGUAUUGAAGAAGAUUUUAUGUAUAAGGUUAAUAAACUUGAGAUAACUUUGGAUUAUGAAAGGAAAGAGUUAGAUGACGAAAUAAGAAGUUCAAACAAGAUAAAACAAGAUUUAGUCAAUAAACUUCGUAAAGCUGAGUCUGAACUAAAUGCUUUCAGGACUAGUGGUGAAAUGUAUAUGGUUUCUGAAUACAACAGUUUAGGACCCGCGCGGAAAUGA